CACACAGAUACAGUAGUGUUUCUUCACUCUUUAAUAGAAAUUGGGUUUUCAAUUUUUUGACAGUUAUUAUGUGAGUGCCACUGAUCGGAAUAAACAAAUCGAAACCCACCAUCUAUCAUUUUUUUUUUUCUUGAUUUUCCCUCAAUUUUCCUUUUUUUUUCUUUUCUGGUUUUUCUGUGCCGCUAAAACGCAUUCUCUCUAUUGAUGCAUCGACGCUUAAUAACUCCCAUUAAUCGGAUCUUCCUAAGCUUAACCAGAAGGGGUUCUCUCUUCUCUUCAACAGCGCCAGUUUCAGAUUCAGUCUUCAAUGCCAUUCCUUUUCACAAUUUCAGCUUCUCCUCAACAUCUCUUCAAAUCUUUGCCGACUCUAACACCGAACUUGUCUAUAAUCCACUUUACUCCUUCCUCCCACGUACCCACAACCCCUACAAUACUGUUGACAUCAUCUGCUCCCACCUUAAGCACAACAAUGGUCAUCUCACGUUUCUUCGGGAAGACUUAAAGUGGGUUCUUCCCCAUUUGGGUGCUCAUGAUGUGUCAAGGGUUUUACUUAGAUGUCAAUCUGAGCACUUUGCCGCUCUCAGCUUCUUCAAUUGGGUAAAAAGUGACCUGGGUUUCAGACCCACCUCCCAAAACUACUCUAUCAUUGUACAUAUCUUGGUCUGGUCUCGGAGUUUUGCUCAAGCGAUGAAGCUUUUAUCUGAACUGAUCGAAGAUUCAGCUAAGGAAGUUCAACCUAGUAAGGAUGUCUUCCGAGAUCUGGUUUUGACUACCGAAGGUUGCAAUUGGGAUUCGGUUGUUUUUGAUAUUCUCAUUAAGGCCUAUGUUAAGUUGGGCAUGGUUCGUGAAGGAUUGAUUUCUUUCCAGAAGACAGUGAAGAUUGGAUUUGUUCCUAGUGUCAGUGUCUGCAAUUGUCUCUUGAAUGGUCUGCUGAAAUCGAAUAAUCUUGAUUGUUGCUGGGAAAUUUACAAAGAGAUGGGAAGGAUUGGGAUUUUCCCGAAUUCGUACACCUUCAAUAUAUUGACUCAUGUAUUGUGCCGGGAUGGGGAUGUGAGUAAGGUGAAUGUAUUCUUGGAUAAGAUGGAGGAAGAAGGAUUUGAUCCCGAUGUUGUGACCUAUAAUACGCUGAUUGAUAGCUAUUGCUGGAAGGGGAGGUUGGAUGAUGCUUUCUAUCUGUAUAAGAUCAUGUAUAGAAGGGGUGUGCCACCAGAUCUGGUCUCAUAUACAACGUUAAUGAAGGGUCUCUGCAAAAUAAGGAAAGUGAGGGAAGCUCAUCAGCUCUUCCAUCGUAUGGUUCAUAGAGGGUUGAUCCCGGAUAUCAUCUCAUUCAAUUCUCUUAUUUCUGGUUAUUGCAAGCAGGGGAAGAUGCAAGAGUCAAGGUCCUUGUUUCAUGAAAUGAUUCAAAGCGGGAUUUUGCCUGAUGAUUUUACUUGUCAGACACUCAUAGAAGGAUAUGUAAAUGGAGGGAGGUUGCUUUCUGCUUUGAAUUUAGUCGUAGAACUUAAGAGAUUGGGGGUUUUGAUCUCUCCAAAUAUCUAUUGUUAUCUUAUAAUGACUUUAUGUCAAGAGAACCGACCAAAUGCAGCAGUCAGUCUCUUUAGAAGAAUGUCUCAAGAUGGUUAUGAGCCAAGCUUGGAGGUCUACAAUGGAUUGAUUGGAUCUCUCUGUACAUAUGAUGAUUUGCAGGAGGCAUUCUUGUUGAAAGAUGAGAUGGUCUGUAAAGGUCUUCAGCCCGACUUGAUUACUUAUAGGGCUCUCAUAGGCUGUUUAUGUAGAUUAGGUAGAAGUGUGGAGGCGGAGUCCUUGAUGUGUGACAUGGUUGCAUCAGGACUCUUUCCUGAUUCAUUGAUCUGUAGGGCCUUGAUAAAGGGAUUUUGUAAGGGAGAAAAUCUUGACAAAGCGGAAUCACUUUUGACCUACUUCGCCGAGGUAUUUCAUUUGUAUGAUAUCGAAAGUUACAAUGCACUUAUACAAGUUUUCUGUGAGAAAGGUGAUGUGACAAAAUCUUUGGAGUUGCAGGAUAAGAUGUUGAAAUUGGGUUUUGUGCCAAAUAGAUUGACAUGCAAGUCUUUGAUACAUGGCUUGUCAAAAGCGAGAGUGAACACACAAGCUUCAUAAGAACAUCCUUCACACUUGUACAUUCAUAAUAGCUUUUGAUUAUCUACAGCUUUGGUGGAUUGAGUUGUAAUUGCUAGAGAGUUGUAUUUUUUUCAAAACCCAAAUUUGUCAUUAUUGUGCAUCCAAUUCUAAUUAGGAAGGAAUUUUCUUG